AUGAACGUCUAUGAACCUAAUCACAUACAUAUCCGGAUGCUUUUGCAGAGCGGGGAGGAGUUCAGGGUCGUCGAAAAGAUAUGUUUUGGUUCGAUGUUUCCCGAUGCAGCAAAUGGAUCUGCGGAGCCUGAACACGACACUACGGGACCAAUCGUCUUCCUUGCUAGUAGCGCCACAGACAGGAUUCCAAUCAGUUUGCAACAUCUAGGCUGCGUUACUUACGCUGAACAUCCGCCACACAGUGGACCACUGAUCAGUGAUAUUGACCCCGUGCUGGCUCCGGUGCUAGUAGACUGCACGGGAUUGUACAAAGUCGUAAAUACAGAAGUACGAAGAUCUAUAUAUCAGCUGCAAAAUCCAGAAAUCAUCGCACCCGAGACACAACUCCAAAUUGUUUUGAAGGUUGAAAUGUACGGCACAGCUCGGCAUGCUUAUAGACUUCGCACUAAGCUACGGCCUGAGGUCAUUUGA